UUUGGUUCGAGAGUUCAGUUGUUGCACUGAAGUCGGUCAGCUUGAACGUGUGUUGCGUUGUAAUUUUUUCGGUCGGUUGUUAUUUUGUUUUCAGUUAUUUUAUUAUCAUUUGUUGUGUUUUGUUGUAGCUACAUAUUUAGUGAUUUUUUAAAAGGUUAGUUCCAGUUUAAGUGAAUCUAUUGGGCUUCAAAGUAGAAAAAAUAAACAACCAUGCGGCUCAUCAUCCUGGACACGGCCGACUACGUUGGCGAAUGGUCGGCCAAGUACGUCAUGAAGCGUAUCAACGACUUUAAACCGGGCCCGGACCGGUUCUUCACACUGGGCCUCCCGACGGGAUCCACCCCGCUAGGAUUGUACCGGAAUCUAAUAAAAUUCCACCAGGAAGGCAAAAUCUCCUUCAAGUACGUGAAAACCUUCAACAUGGACGAAUACGUGGACUUGCCGCGGGACCAUCCGGAGAGCUACCACUACUUCAUGUGGCACAACUUUUUCAAACAUAUCGACAUCGAUCCGGUCAAUGUGCACAUCCUGGACGGGAACGCACCGGAUUUGGUGGCAGAGUGCAAUGCGUUCGAGGACAAGAUCAAGCUUGCCGGAGGAAUCGAGUUGUUCAUCGGCGGGAUAGGGCCCGACGGUCAUAUAGCGUUCAACGAACCGGGAUCCAGUUUGGUGUCGCGGACUCGAGUGAAAACACUGGCACAGGACACACUGGAAGCGAAUGCACGGUUUUUCGGAAACGAUAUCAAUAAGGUACCGAAGCAGGCACUGACGGUCGGGGUCGGAACCGUAAUGGAUGCCCGAGAGGUGAUGAUUCUGAUCAUUGGGGCACACAAGGCUUUUGCACUGUAUAAGGCAAUCGAGGAGGGGGUGAACCACAUGUGGACGGUUAGUGCCUUCCAGCAGCAUCCGCAUACGAUCAUGAUAUGCGACGAGGAUGCCACGCUGGAACUGCGCGUUAAGACUGUGAAGUAUUUUAAGGCCUUGAGCAACGUCCACCACAAACUGAUCGAGGAAGGCUCGCACGACGUACGGCAACUGUGCAAGUGAGGUCAACGAGCGAGCAAAAUUUGGACAAACGAACCAACCAACUUCCGGAUAGAGUACCUACCUAAUUUGCACCCCCAUCAUUCCACAUUCUGUUACUUGUAUGUAUGUGUAUAAGGAAAACCUUUUGAUUCAACGUGACUUUUCCCAUUUGACCGGUGUACGUUUUUACGUAUGCAAACUGUGCCCCCGAGAGGUGGGAUGUGCAGUACGUUUGUACUUUGUGGGACUGACCAUCAACAUCACCAAUGCCUCCACCAGCACCACCAACCAACCAACUUACAGUUUCGGAAACCAAACAUCAAACGGAUUGCUACGUUUUGGCCGCUGCCAGUGGAGACCUUGAUGAUGCCACUCGGCCCAACUGAUGAUCUAUAUGUGUAGUAGCAGGAGCCUCAUACGUACGUAAUCCAUUGAGGGGAUGACCUUACGACACUCCCAACCACGUGUCCUUCUUUUCGCCCCCUCCAAGCUCAAGACGUAUUUGACCUUUGCCACAUCAACAUCAUUAUCACCGUCGUCGUCCACCGAUAGGAUAAGAACGGCCUUCCAAAGCAGCCGGUAGCAAGCAGAACAACAACCAACAGCGAAGCAAGUGAGAGCCUGUACGACGUCCACUCUAAGCUGAUUGAAGGCACGUAGAACGAGAUAAAACUCCUUCCGUUGUGGUGCUGAUGAUGACCGGGCAGGAGGCCGGCUGGUUGGCUGGUGCUGGUCGGGCGAAUAAACAUCACACAUUUUAGCACGUUUUAUAGUCACUCGAAUCCAAAGGGUAGAAUUAAAUAACUUUUAUAAUUUGUGUUACGAUUUUAGUUCUGUCGGACCCGAUUUUGUCCCAUACCCUGUGUCAGAAGCAUGAUUUCUUUACUACUGUAAUAAAGAUGAAAUUUUAGGUA